GUCAGAUUAGCUAUUUGAGAGUUCUCACUUUUUUUGUUCACCGGAAUGGAAAACACCACCUCUUCCCGGUAUAUCGUUGCGGAGCUAAAGCAGGAGGAUGUCCCUGGGGGUGCCUGUUGUGCGGCUGAGACCGUCUUUGCGACACUAUUUCCAAGCUACUUGGAAGGCUACAUCAAGAGUGUAUGGCCCGCCGUCGAGGAGGUGUUGAUGCAGCACCAAUUAGUUGGGAAAAUUGACCUUUUGGAGGGUAGUAUGUCCGUGGCGACUACCCGUCGAACGUGGGAUCCGUACGCGAUUGUGAAGGCUCGUGAUUUUAUCAAGCUAAUGGCACGUAACGUACCUUUAACAAAGGCUCAGAAGAUUUUUCAGAGUGAUAUUUUUUGUGAUAUUAUAAGUAUUGGCAUGAAGGGUGGUAGCACGCGCCAGUUUGUGAAGCGUAGGGAUCGUCUCAUUGGGCCAAAGGCUCAAACUCUUAAAGCGCUAGAAAUCUUAACAGCUUGUUAUGUCCUUGUGCAGGGUAAGACCGUCACAGCCAUGGGCCCGGUAAAGGGGACUCAAAUGGUGCGCAAAAUAGUUGAGGACUGUAUGAACAAUAUUCAUCCCAUCUACGGUCUCAAACAACUCCUUAUUAAACGAGAGUUAUCCAAACAAGAGGACAUGAAACACGAGGAUUGGUCGCGUUUUAUUCCAGUUUAUAAGAAAACCUUACCAAACAAGGCAAAACUAAAGGCAGUACGUAAAAUCAAGAAGGAACGACUCAAAGAGACGCAUAAGAAGGCGUCUGGGAAAGAAAAGUCUAUUUUCCCCCCUGCUCCUCCUAAGCGUUUAGAGGAUAUCGCUAUGGAAAGCGGCAAGGCUUUUUUAUCCAAACGACAGCGUAAACCCAGAGAUGAAUAUGAGUUGAAACCAGAUGCUCACGAGAAUAAAAAGCAAUAUAAGAAAGAGUGAGCGAAUAUAUAUAUAUAUAUAUAUAUAUUUAGUAGAUUUUACUUUUGUUUAUAUAACAUGAAAGGUAAAGGAGUUUUGGUUCUGAUUCGUUUUCUCCAUGCCGCAUGUAGGUAAAGUUGAAACUGCUUUUGUACAUUAAGUUCGCUUUUUUUCACCUUUAAACCUAAAGUGUUUGAACCGUGUGAAAUGGAGCAAAUAUGAUGGUGUGAUUAAGUACGCGACACAAAACAACGACGAUUAAAAUAUCCUAAUAAAUGGUGUUAAUAGAUAUAAAUACGAGUUCAUAUAUAAAUAUAAAUAAAUAGUGCGUCUUCUGAAGGUAGAGUGCAUUAUGCCUUUUUUGAUCGUUCUGGACUUCUAUGGAUAUUUUUUUUCACAAUCUAGUUUUAUUUGUAAAUAUAAGGUAUUUGUCUUUUAAAAUUUAGCCAAAUCGUGCGAUUUCACUCCAUUUUGUUAAUAAAAAUCACAGGCAAAUCUCUUUUAUACUACUUUAGAUUCUUUGCUGGAUAUAUUUAUAGAUUCUGCAUUUAGAACAACUCCAAAUUUGUGUUAUCCUAGUUCAAUGAGUUUGAUUUUUCCAAAUACGUCGGCAGAAAAGCUUUCUAAAUUUAAUUGGCUUCGCUACUUGGGGUAUCGAGUAAGUCUUGGACUGGACGAUGGGAGCACUCUGACAGGACGCUUGGUGUCCCUUAGUCCGUGCGGGAACGUAAUACUCACUCAAGCAGAGCGGGAAAGACCAUUAAGACGAUCCAAAAAGCGCUCACGUAAUGAAUCAGUUCUCCGAGAGUGCUAUUCUUCCGUUUUGUUUGUUCGGGGUGAUUCGGUAGUGACGCUGCAGUACAACAGCGGUCUAACUAAUGAUAGUUCUGUGGUGGACCGCCUAGGUGCAUUUGAGGAGAGCAAAUUUCGAACUAUCCAAAUAGCCAAUACAACCCCAGGUGUCCCCCUUCCGAAGCAUUAAAUAACUUCAGAAACUGGUAUUGAUAUAUAGGUUAAGGCUCAAUUUCUUCGAAUCAAGGAUAUAGGCAUUUAUUUUUCUGUUCUUUCCUCAAAGAUUUGGCAUUCUGCUCUCCCUUUCAAACGAAAUCGACUUAUUGUUGAGUAAUGGAUCCAGACGACUAAAGCGAGUUGUUUCCUUUUUAAGAAGUAGUCUUUGUAUGAUAUCUAUUUUAGGUUUCACUCUGUGAUAAAGUUUCUAUGUGUAUUUUUUCUUAAUGUGUGCCACUUCAAACAUCGGAGCGUUUUAACAGUCAGUAUUUUAUCCAUCUCAAAUUUCGUAAAACAAAAGAGACAUUGCGUUAAUUCUACCGCUGGACAGAAAACCAUGCAUAAUAUAUUUCAAGGAACUGAAUCGACGGUGCAACACUUACUAACUUAUAGAAGAGGGAGUAGGUGCAGCACAUGCAAGGGUGGAGGAAAUCAAGGUCGUGUAGCUGAGAAAUUCACAGAGGACAAAGUUUAAUGCAAAACACUUUACACAGUAUUUUGAAUAAAUAACGAGAAACCGUCCAGGUAUUUUUUUAUUAAGCUUACUUCCCUAACCCAUAUCACUUCCCACGUGUCUGUAUGACGCGUGAAGUCAAUGCUGAUCUGAACGAUGAGAUAAAUUCCCACGCUCUAAUUCACUCAUCACCACGGACUUCUGAAGCUCUUUUGUCCUUCUACCAAGAACGUAUAGGAAGGUAUAUUUUGGUGUGGAAAUAUUCCUAUGUAUUCCCAGCUUUCCUUUUUUCUCAACCCCACCCUAAGGCAGCCGAUACACUUCAAAAAAAUUUGCGUUGUCUCAUAAGAAUACCACUGAGAUAGGUGGUGUGACUAACCUAGGCUUAAUUUCAAACAUUUUUCCCUUAUUUUUGCUGAGCGAUAACGUGACUAGAAGUGAUGGUGAAGAUAUUUCUUCAGCAAUAGCUCUUCACACUGAUAUAGUUCCGAGCACUGUCACCAGCGUGAGCUUUUAAAUUCCAGAUGUAAUGAACUUCGGAUUGAUAUUAUGGUCUACGUUCUAGUGCUGAAACAUCAUUUAGCUUACUAUAGCAUCCUGUUUAAUUGGGAUUCUUAGCUUAACUAACUCGUUUAACCGCUGUCAGAGAUCUAUUAUUAUCUGACUUUGUAUCGACAAAACUCACAUGGUCUAGCUACGCACUUUAGUCUUGGAAUUUAUCAUGACUGACAGGGUAAGCUGUAGCCUGUCGCGCAUGCGUUCACGCAUACCAUGUGUCUUGAAGGAUGGAUCACCGGAUUUUACUAUUAUUAAUAUAUCGCUUGGUGCAAACUUCUAAAUUACCACAAGACCAUCGUAGAAUGCUUUAAGGUUACUUAUAUUGAUUUAUAAUAUUUUACAUCACGCCACAACUUUGUCUUAUACUUUAAUAAGCUAAGGCAAUAUAAAAAAAUCGUUAUCAAGUGGACCGAAGCUCUGAGGUUUGAAUCGUGUAAUAUAUAUUAUUAUUAUAGGUUCAUCUGGAGAAGCUUAAAUGAUGAACAUAAAGUGUUAAAAAUUUGAAGAACUUCUGAAGGCAAUACCAAUGUAUGGUUUAUAUUUCUGACGGCAGAGAUCUUUUGUGCCACCUGUUAUGGCAACAGGAUAACGCACUGGAUGAUGUGAGGUCAAUCACAUUACUUUACCCUGUCAUCUCGCACUUCGUACUAAACAGUGGUUGUGUCUGCCGUAGAUUGAAAAGUCUACUACAUGCAAUUAAAGAUUCUAAAGUUGUAAUUAACUUAGGCUAACGUAAUCCUAGAACGUAGAUCAGGAGCGCGUAUGUACUUCGAAGUGUGGACUGCGAUCGUGAAGCUGUUUGAGACUACUCUGUGGUGUUCUUUAGUAAAGCCCCCAAAUCGACUUGGUCGUGUUGAUUAAGUGUGCAUGAUGUCUAGCACGUCGAUUUUAUUACUCAUAAUUUAUUCUAGACAACACUGAAACACUCAGUAAAGAUUUACACAAUGGCUAUAUACUUUGUUACUCAUACUAUUAGUUUCUAAAAAUGUUUAAGCUAUGUCAUCAUUGUUAGUGAUUCUUGGAUUUUUAUUAUCAAUCUCGAGUCGACCUACGUUUAAUGCAAACAAGGGCUUUAUAUGACUCAACCUGCAUCAAGCAAUACUAUCAUUGAAAUAAUUUGAAGGAUCCAUGAAACUAGGCAUAUCGGUAUGUAGUUCUAUUCCAAUGCAUUUGUUUAUCACUUUAAAAGUGAGGGCUAAGUCAGCACUUAUAGCACAAAUAGUUAGUAAACCAUCAACUGACUCAUGCUUUUGCAAAGAUCACAUUUCACUGUCUUCUUACAAAGUGCACUUGUAGUUAUAAUCCUGUUAUCACUUUAUGUGUCAUCUGAAAUUAAAUUAGAUUACUUCAACAUAAAA